CUUCAAUAUCGAAAUACCCCAAUCGCAGAAGACGAGGGCGGACGCGUCUCCCCCAUUUCCUUAUUCUCCGUCGUAGUUUAGAUCCCCUCCCUGGGUCUCGAUCUCUUGCCGGUUUGGGGAUCCCUCGCAGGCCUCACGCAUGAGCUGGUUUGAGAAUCUCUGUGGCCUCUCCGAUCCGAGCCAAGACGGGCUCAUGAUCUUUGUCCUCCACCUCUCGAUUCCUAUACGUUCGAGUAAUCCUUCCUUGAAUUCUCUACAAUCUUAAGCGGCGAGGAGAGGCCCUACGAUUGGUUCUUGUGCCGAGGGGGGAAUGACGUCGAAAGGAUCAUCGAGCCGGAAAAAUUUUGGUCUUCUAGUCUCUCACGUCGAGAGACCACAACCAUCAGUUAUUGUGAUUGGUGGAGGAAUUUCAGGGAUUGCAGCUGCCCGUGCAUUGUCUAAUGCUUCUUUUAAUGUCAUUCUGUUGGAAUCACGUAACCGCCUUGGUGGGCGGGUGCAUACUGACCAUUCUUUUGGUUGUCCUGUUGACAUGGGAGCAUCAUGGUUACAUGGUGUUUGCAAUGAAAAUUCUCUAGCUCCAUUAAUUCGUGGCCUAGGCCUAAGGUUAUACCGCACUAGUGGUGACAACUCUGUAUUGUAUGAUCAUGACCUAGAGAGUUAUGCUCUUUUUGACAAGGAUGGGAACCAAGUCCCUCAGCAAGUAGUCACAAAAGUAGGAGAAGCAUUUGAGAGGAUUCUCAAGGAGACUGAGAAAGUAAGAAAUGAACAUGUCGUCGACAUGUCUCUUUCCCAAGCUAUUUCCUUUGUUCUAGAGAGAUAUCCACAACUAAGGCAAGAAGGGAUGGCACAUGAAGUGCUGCAAUGGUUUAUAUGUAGACUGGAGGCAUGGUUUGCUGCAGAUGCGGACACUAUAUCACUGAAAAAUUGGGAUCAGGAACAUGUUCUCUCUGGUGGUCAUGGACUUAUGUUGCAAGGUUACUAUCCUGUUAUACAAGCCCUUUCAGAGGAUCUUGAUAUUCGUCUGAAUCAUAGGGUGAAAAAAAUUGCACAGUGCAACAAUAGAGUAAUAGUUACAGUCGAAGAUGGAAAUACAUUUGUAGCUGAUGCCGCUAUUAUUACUGUUCCUCUUGGGGUUCUCAAAGCUAAUCUUAUAGAGUUUGAGCCUAAGCUUCCGGAAUGGAAACUCUCUGCGAUCUCUGAUAUUGGCGUUGGCAUCGAGAAUAAGAUUGCUCUUCGCUUUAGCAAUGUUUUUUGGCCUAAUGUAGAAUUUUUGGGUUUAGUAGCUCAGAAAUCUUAUGCUUGUGGCUAUUUUCUCAAUCUCCACAAGGCUACAGGACAUCCUAUUCUUGUGUACAUGGCUGCUGGAAGAUUUGCUUAUGACAUGGAGAAACUUUCUGAUGAAGAAGCUGUCAACUUUGUGAUGUUACAGCUGAAGAAAAUGAUACCAGAUGCAACAGAUCCGAUACAACAUCUGGUUUCGCACUGGGGAACAGAUGGAGAUUCCCUUGGUUCCUAUUCUUGUGAUCUAGUUGGGAAGCCAGCUGACAUAUAUGAGAGGUUUUGUGCUCCUGUCGACAAUUUGUAUUUUGCUGGUGAAGCAGCAAGCGCCGACCAUUCUGGUUCUGUUCAUGGAGCUUACACCUCAGGUGUGAUGGCUGCUGAAGUAUGCCAAAGGCACCUCUCAGUACAGCAUGGCAUAUCAGAUCUUUUCCAGCUUGUAAUGAGGGAGGAACUCAGUGAAGCCAUGGUUCCCCUUCAGAUAUCUAGGAUGUAAUGCCAUCGCCAUUGCUACAUUUCUAACUAUUGCUUACACCAGUUGAGUAUGAGCUUAAUAUAAAACUAAUGAAGCUUCUGUAUUAGUUAAUAAGGUCUUGAAGUAUGAUGUUAAACUU